CAGAAGCUGAAAGGGAAAUAAUACCUACAGUGAUCCAAAGUCCAAGACAGAACCACUGGAACCCAUUUACGUCCUCAAGAGCCUGUGACCUAAAGGCUGAGCUCAAGGACGCUCCCAGCAAGUCACUGAAGUUUUCCCUCUGCUCUGCCUGCUGACCUCUGCUCUCCCCUGACUACUCCCAAAAAAUGGACCGAUCCUCACAAGAAAUUUUCCUCAACUUCAUUAUUGUCCUGAUUACUGUAUUGCUCAUGUGGCUCCUCGUGAAGUCUUAUCAGGAGUAAAAGACAACCACAAACUCUGGGAGGUGAUUUGAAGUGUGUGUCCCAGCAGACCAAAGUGACACCCACAGCUCACUGCUGUGAUGAGCUUUCAGUCUUGUGAGGAUGUUGUCAAUUUUUUUUUUUACACUCUCAGAUCUGUUGCCUGUGCUAAUGUUUGUGUUGGGUCUAUGAUGGUGUAAUUAUUUUGCCUGAAAAAUGUAAAAUGCAAGAUCCUUAGGAACUGUUCAAUGUUUUUGUCUCCUCUGGUAGUUACUGUGAAUGCUGUAAGUCCCUGCUCACCAUGCCAGCUUGUUUGGCAUCUGUGUUAGGCUCUUGAGGCUAUAAAACUGCAGUAUGCAAUGUAACCAUCUGUAGUAGCUGACAUAAGAGGCACAA